GGCGUUCUAGACCGCGCUGGAGGACUUCUGACCAAAUGAUGAGGCUUACGCUGUGAGAAUAAUAUGUGCAUGUAAAGUCGAGCCGAUUCCGCUCCGGCGAUAAGUGCAGCGUGAGGGAGGUCCGAAAGCCCUCGACGUCACGUAUCCGCUUCCUCGGGUUUGGAGGGUAUAAGAAAGGCGGAACGUGCUGGGUGUUCCUAAUUUACCCCUUUCCCAUACCCCAGCAGUCCCGUAUACCUCAAUUCAUUAGCCGGAGUCCGGGAUGAGCCUCACUCUGAACGGGGGCAGUCGCCGACCCUCUCCUCUUCGACCAGCAUCACACUCCAGUGCAUUCCAACCAACAAUGGCAGCCAUGGACGACGGCGUACACCCAGUCAUCCACACCGGGCGGGUAGCAGUCAUUACAGGAGCGGGGAGUGGCAUCGGACGAGCUGCUGCGCUUGAGCUCGCGAAGAUCGGCAUGAAAGUCGCGAUCGCCGACGUGAACGAAGAGCCGCUCAGCAAGGUCGGGGCAGAGCUGACGAAGGUGGUCGGGGAGGGCAACGUGCUCGUCGUGCCGACGGACGUCAGCAAGCUCGAGGACGUCGUCCGGCUGCGCGAUACGGUGUACGAGGCGUGGGGCGAGGUCGCCGUGCUCAUGAACAAUGCCGGCAUUGGCUUGCCGAGCAAGUCUUGGGAGGGCAUUGAUGCCUGGCGCAAGACCUUCGACGUGAACGUCUUCGGAGUGCUCAACGUACAACAGACGUUUGUGCCGUCCAUAAUCCACCAGGAAAACCCGGCUGUGAUCAUCAACACCGGGUCGAAGCAGGGCAUUACCAACCCUCCAGGCAAUCCCGCGUACAACGCUUCGAAGGCUGCCGUCAAGUCUCUGACAGAAGGGCUCGCGCACGAACUGCGCAACAACGUGCCCGCAGCGAACGUCACCGCGCAUCUCUUUGUUCCGGGGUGGACCUGGACAGGUAUGACCGGUGACAGCAGUGGCGCGGAGAAGCCCGCCGGCGCAUGGACCGCCCAGGAGACUGUCCUCUACAUGCUCGACUACGUCCGCCAAGGCAAGUUCUACAUUCUCGUGCCCGACAAUGACACCAGGCGCGAGGUCGACCAGCUGCGCAUCCUUUGGGGUGCGGGCGAUCUCGUCGAGGGCCGCCCCGCGUUAAGUCGGUGGCACAAGGACUACAAGGCGCUCUUCGAUGACUACAUCAGGGAGGGCCUCAGCCAGAUGGAGUAAGCUGCGGCUGUAUCAUCUUACGCGUAGUAAGCGGAACGAACGAAAGAAGGAAACAUCGCAUGUAUGUAUUGUAGUACGUUGACGAUGGACAGUCUUGGAGAUGAGGCCGUUCGCGGCUGAUGUGUAAGUAUCGUCGAUCGCAUUGCUGUGUUGCUCUAAAAACGUAGUGAUCUCUGGAUAUCGAUUUUCUGUGGACACUUCGUGACCAAAGUCGUGAUAAAUACGCAUGGACGCACUGACUGUUCCACCGAGGCAGAACAGCAUUG